GGCUGGAGGUGCUGCUGGCAGCUGGCACGGUGCCGUGGCUCAGCAGCGCUCGCACUCGUUCCCAAGUUGUUCCCUUUUCAGUUCCGAUGUAGCCGGAUUCUGCUGAGAUCUCAGCACCAUGUCCUUCCUGAGUAGCUCCCCCUCCUACAGCUCGCUCACCGGCUUCGAGGAAGAACUCCCAGCCGACAACCUUGUCCUGUUCGAGGUGGCCUGGGAGGUGGCGAAUAAAGUCGGUGGUAUCUAUACUGUCAUCCAAACCAAAACUAAGUUGACAGUAGAUCAGCUUGGAGAGAAUUAUAUUCUGAUUGGUCCCUACUUUGAGAACAGCGUCAAAACACAAGUGGAGCUGAUUGAGCCACCAAACUUGGCCAUUAAACGAACUAUUGAUUGCAUGAGCUCCAGAGGCUGCAAGAUCAAAAUCUAUCAAUCAAUUAACAUCCUCACUUCCAGCCUAAUUUUAGCAGGCAUCCAACAGCAGAUAGAAAUAGGUGAGGAAGAGUAUACCAAUUCUUUUGGGCGCCUUUCUACAGGGAAAGAUGACUUUGGCAAUCUGAGAGAGAUGAAGACCAUAGUCGUGAGCAAACGAUAA